GCCAUCUCUAAUUCCCCCUCUUGUACCGGAAUGUCAAUCAAAUGAAAACAAAAAAAGCGGCGUGAGAAAACUGAAAAGAACGGGCAUCCAGUGCACAUUUCAGCUUAAUUUCGAUGCAUUGAACGGCGACGGCGCACCGGAACACAGGAGGCGCAGGAUUACGGAUACGGAAGCCAUGGAAACGGCCAGAAUGGAGACGGCGAUGGAGACACAUUUUAUGGCCAAAAUGGGGAAGUGGAUGACCCCUGAGGAGGAGGCGCGGCAAAAGUUCAUCAUGAGGGAGCGGGAUCGCGAGCGGAAACGGAUCAAACGCAUGAAUCCCGAGUACAGGCAGAUGGAACGAGAACGGGACCGGUUUCGCAAGCUGACGCCCAGGCCCAGUCUGAUGACCCCUGAGGAGGAGGCCCGCCACAAGUUCAUCAUGCGGGAGCGGGAUCGCGAGAGGAAGCGGAUUAAGCGUCUCAAUCCCGAGUACCGGCGAAUGGAACGCGAGCGCGAUCGAUUCCGCAAGAAGUUGACCCCCGAUGAGGAGCUGCGACUGAAAAUUAUCCAAAGGGAGCGGGAUCGAGAAAGGAAACGAAUCAAGCGAAUGAAUCCCGAGUACAGAAGGCUGGAGCAGGAACGUGACAGGGAUAGGAAGAAGGCUCGUAGGGCCAACGAGGCCUUCAGGCAGCUGGAAAAGCUAAGGGAUAAGAUCCGAAAGGAUCGAAAGAAGGGCUUGCUUGUCACGGAUCCGACGCAGCUGCCGCCGGAAUUCGCAGCCAUGAUACCGCCAGUGCCUGUGGUUAAGCCCGAAGUGGGUGUGUCACCAGUGCCGCCCCCAGGCCAGCAGCAACCCACGCCACAGCUGCAGCAACAGCAGCAGCAACAGUUGCAGCAACAUCAGCAGGUGCCACAGCAACAGCAGCAGCAUCAGCAGCCUCCGCCCACGCAUCUGCAAGAGCAGCAAUUGAGUCACCAGCUCGCGCAUCAGCGAAACCGAAUGAUGUCUAGCCAACUCACUCAACUGGCCACGCCCCCCGCCCAUGCCUCACACCUGCAGCAGCUGAAUAAGUUGCAGCAACUCUACCCGCCACGCAGCUUUGGCCACCCCGCUUUACCUAUCGCUGGAGUGACGCUGAUGCCGCAGCUUUGUCAUCCCAUCCUGCAUCAGAACCUCAGUGCUACUCUGUAUGCAGGUCCACCGAAUGGCAUCAAGCAAGAGUAUGGACAGGAUAUCUCCGCCUCGGCGAUGGCUGCCGCUCAGGCGGCGGCACUGGCCUCGCUGAGGAAUCCCCAACAGCAGCAGCAACAGGAUGAUUCAGAAAUGGUCAUUAGUCUCGAACCGGAGAUAGUUCUCCAGACAGGUCCCGAUGUAAAUCCCGCCCAGCCACCGCCGCAGCAGCAUCUUUUCAGCGCCCAUCAGCACCAGCAGCAGCAACAGCAGCAGCAGCAGCAACAUCAUCUGCAGCAGCAACAGCACUGCAACAUGUUCCAGCAUAUGGCCCCACAGGCGCACAUGCAACACAUGCGCUCACUGCCGCCUCCGCCGCCGCCCCCCUCGCUGACCUUGCCACCCCUGCCGCCCCCGCCACCUACAACUCACCAGCAACAACAGCAACCUGCGCCGCCACAGCAACUGCAACAUGCUCCGCAGUGAGCGAUUCUCGCCUGUAGUUUUAAGCUCAACCCUCUAGCCAGCUAAACGCAAAAGUUUGAGGGCACACACACCAGGAGUUGUGAUCGAAUUAGCUAUGUGAUUUACAAUUCCAUUUGCCUAAAUGUAUUACGUUGCCAUAAUUGCUCGAGUACAAAAUGGUAUUUGUAAUUACGAAUCUAAAAAGCAUUCAAGCAGAGAGCUAUGUGGUGCUGAAAAUGCAAUAGAAACUAUUCUCAUUAUACCCGUAACUCGUAGAGAAAAGGCUAUACUAGAUUUGUUGAAAAGUAUGCAACAGGCGUUUUCGACUAUACAAAGUAUAUAUAUUCCUGAUCAGGAUCAAUUGCCGAGUUGAUUUGGCCAUGUCCGUCUGUCAUUAUGAACGUCGAGAUAUCAGGAACUAUAAAAGCUUGACGGUUGAGAUUAAGCGUGCAAUUCUUACGAACUUUUUUGGAUAUUUUUUCAUAAUUCUGUUAGAAUGUAAAUUUCUCUCGAUUUGCCAAAAAACUUAUUGCCUGCAUAAUGUAAAUAAUUUAAAAAUGUUUCUUGUUUCAUUCCCCAAUAUCUAUCGAUAUCCCAGAAUAAUGAUUAUAUUUCGCGUUCGCAUUCACAUUAGCUGAGUAACGGGUAUCUGAAAGUCGAGAAACCCGACUAUAGCAUCCUCUCUUGUUUUUGUCAAGAAAUUCAUACUUCCAAAGUGAAACUUGUUAGGUUAUUUUUUAGUGUAGAAAGAAAAAUAUUUUCCUCAAAAGAAUUCAGUUUUAUCAGUAGGACACAGCAAAUCUACCCUACUUUUUGUUCAAAUUAUAUGCAAAUUGCCAUUUUAAAUCAUAUUUACAUUGUCGUCAAAAAUAAUUUAUUUUGUAUCUUUGGAAUAAAAACACAUUGUGAUAAAAUGCACUUUGAGCUUUAGAGCAGGUGCCAAAACUUAAAA